GGACACAAUCGCGAUGGCUGCGAAGAAGUUGUCGUACUUUGAGAAGCUCCCGCUCCCACCCAACUACUUCAAAUGCCCACCGUUAACUCCCGAUGAAACGAAGCAGCUCUUGUUCCUCGCGGACAGUAUGUGCAUGGAUGUGGUGGACUACGCCACUCUGGACGAUGCAGGGCCGCUUGAUUGGACACUGGAGUCGAAUGACUGCGGUCUGUUCACGUACAAGACAAACGAUCCGAACGCGCCUCGUGGAACUCGGUCGUGGCUAUGGACGACAAAGGUCCAAGGGACUCUCGCGGAAGUGGCGGCCAUGUUCAACCCCGCCGAGCUGGACGACCCAGUCGAGUACCGCGAACACUGCCGCGCCUUUCACAUGGACGCGCUGGACGGCGUGCGGCUGUACACACUCGAGACUCCAAGCGCGAGUUUGUCGCACGGGGAAAGCGGCCAGUACGUCGGAGUCCACUGGACUGUGAACGAGCUCCCGGGACUGCUCAAGAACAAGGACGUGUGCGUCUCGCACGCCCCGAUAGUGCUGGGCGACGGGCGCCAUGGCUGGGUCCGCGCGUUGUCGUCAAUAGAGCUGCACUGCUGCCCCGACCUGAAGCCAUCGCUCGGAUUCAUCCGCGCCAACUAUCAUCGAUCCGGCUACGUCUUUGCCGAGAGCCGCGACUAUCCGGGUUUCUUGGACGUGACACAAUUGCAACAAAUCGACUUUCGGGGCACGCUGACCGACCUCGUUGCCGCAAUCGAAGUCGCCGAGCGAAAGCGAGAUAUGCGCGAGCUCCAACACAAGCUGACGUGCCACCGACUAAGCCAAAUGACGUUCCUGGCAGAGUACCAACUCGUCCCAAGUCAGUCGCGGAACAAGUGCAGGGUGUGUCUCGCCAAGUUUGGGGUGCUGGUGCACAGACACCGCUGUCGGAAAUGCGGCGAGGUUGUGUGCUCCAAAUGUAGCAAAGUGUGGCCGAUCAAAGUUGCUGGAAUCCAUUCCAAUGUCCGCGUGUGCACCCCAUGCGCGAUGUGCGUGAAGCGCCCUCCGUCGUCCUGUCCCAAUGGGGUGCUCCGCCGGGGCACGAGUACGUUUGCCGGCAUGUCGACCGCCUACCCCCGCGAGCCCAGUGACUUGGACGAGACAGCGUCGAUUGCGUCGUCGUCGAGAGCGUCGGUCGUGUCCAGUGAGUCAGGGGCCAAGCUGCGCAGGUCCCACCGAACGCUCAUGCCCCCACCGCUGCGAGACACCUGUCGUUUGCUCACGUUGAAUGACGACACGACCAGUUGCGGUAGCAGCAGCCGCGACUGCUACGUGAGCACGAGCGACUACAGUCGGCACAGCGACGGAGACGACGAUUUCUCUCGGUACUCCGACACGGCGGUCGGCGAGCCCGCGGUGCCAACGGAUAUGGCGAUGUGCUUAAGCCCGCCGGCGCGGCGGUCGACGGAUCUGUCGUCAUCGCACGCGAACGACAUGAUCAAGGUCGACUUUAGCCAGUGGAGUUGCUAG